UUGGGGACCAGGGCCUUUGAAUGGGGGUCCCGGGUUGGGGGUGAGGGACUUCGGGGCUAGGGACAUGAGACGAGCGAGGACCUUGCGCGGCGAGCACUGGCAUGACGGGCCGGCCCCGAGGGGCUUCUUCCCAGCGGACGCGCAGAGAGCCGGUCGGAGAGGCGCGGGCGCGGGCCCACCGAGCGUCUGCGUGCGUGCGGCGCCCUAAGGACCCGUCCCGGCCACCGGGCCCGCCCCGGCCCGGCCUCCGCCGCCGCCUCACUGGCCGCCCGCCUUCCAGUUCGGCCUACGACACGCGGCUGCGCCAGAAGGUGGCGGUGAAGAAGCUGUCGCGCCCCUUCCAGUCGCUGAUCCACGCGCGGAGGACGUACCGCGAGCUGCGGCUGCUCAAGCACCUGAAGCACGAGAACGUCAUCGGGCUUCUGGACGUCUUCACGCCGGCCACGUCCAUCGAGGACUUCAGCGAAGUGUACCUGGUGACCACGCUGAUGGGCGCCGACCUGAACAACAUUGUCAAGUGCCAGGCGCUGAGCGACGAGCACGUCAAGUUCCUGGUUUACCAGCUGCUGCGCGGGCUCAAGUACAUCCACUCGGCCGGGAUCAUCCACCGGGACCUGAAGCCCAGCAACGUGGCUGUGAAUGAGGACUGCGAGCUCAGGAUCCUGGACUUCGGGCUGGCCCGCCAGGCUGAUGAGGAGAUGACGGGAUACGUGGCGACGCGCUGGUAUCGGGCACCUGAGAUCAUGCUGAACUGGAUGCACUACAACCAGACAGUGGACAUCUGGUCUGUGGGCUGCAUCAUGGCUGAGCUGCUCCAAGGAAAGGCCCUCUUCCCGGGAAAUGACUACAUUGACCAGCUGAAGCGCAUCAUGGAAGUGGUGGGCACACCCAGCCCCGAGGUUCUGGCAAAGAUAUCUUCAGAACAUGUAAGUCGGUGCCCAACCAGCCACCAGCUCCCUCUGCUGAUCAAGCGGCAGGUCCUUCUUAUGUGCCUCCAGGCCCGGACAUACAUCCAGUCCCUGCCACCCAUGCCCCAGAAGGACCUCAGCAGCAUCUUCCACGGAGCGAACCCUCUGGCCAUAGACCUCCUUGGAAGGAUGCUGGUGCUGGACAGUGACCAGAGGGUCAGUGCGGCGGAAGCCCUGGCCCAUGCCUACUUCAGCCAGUACCACGACCCUGAGGAUGAGCCAGAGGCAGAGCCCUACGAUGAGAGCGUCGAGGCCAAAGACCGCACAGUGGAGGAGUGGAAGGAGCUCACCUACCAGGAAGUCCUCAGCUUCAAGCCUCCAGAGCCUCCAAAACCGCCAGGCAGCCUGGAGAUUGAGCAGUGAGGUGCUGCCCUGCUGCUACCCUUGAACCUGUGGAGAGGCCAGAGAGAGCCUGUACCCUCCCUCAGUGGGUCAGGUUUCCUCUACACCCCCAUGGCCAGGCAGCCCUGACCCCUGGUCUGGGACCCCAUGCCUUGAGGAGAGUGUACACACAUAAGACUGCACAAACCUUUGUGCACGUGUGCUUGCCAUGUGUAGGAGUCUGGGACCAGGUGUCCUGGGUCUACUUUGGUCUUCCUACCCCCUCCUGGCCACAGGGCUCUCCCUUGGGACCUCUCUGUGUGUCUGGAUGCCACAGGGGUCCCCCUGGGGAGUGUGUCUGUCUCUUGAUCUCCUCUGUCCCAGAGAGCUAUGUGGGGUACACUGGGGCCAGGGUCUCAGUGGGUAGAGCUGCUCAGCCUGGAAGUGGGGGCUGCCCUGGUGGUUGCUGAGACCCACAGACCCAAGAGCUGAGGCAGGGCCAGUGCACCACCGGGCUCAGAAGGAUCUUCCCCGUGGGGGUGGCAGGGCGGGACAACCACCGGGUGUCAAAUGAGAAAGGCUGCCUGGAGCCUUGUGUCGCCUGUGGGGUGUGUGGGCACACACGGGCGCGAGCAUGUGGUCCCAGUGUUCACAUGUCAGGACGUGUGCUGGGCGGGGGAAUCCGUGGGCAUGCAAGGGCCAGAAGCCAUGUCGGGCAGGAGCCUGAGUUCGGGUGGGUGUGCUACUGCUUCCCCUCCCCUUAGUUCCUGAUGCCACAAGGGAUGAUGAGAGCCAGGCUAGGGGUUCCAGUGGGCCAAUGGGGCAGCCACUUGGGGGCUUUCUCCUUGGAGCUCCAGCUGGUCCCUGAGGCGUGAGGCACACUCCAGCUGUUGGGGUGGGGGGCGGGGUGCAGCCUUGAGGACGCUAAGGCAGGCAGCACGCAUGGAUGCGGACUUGGACACUUGCCUGGACCUCAGCCGAGACCUGACCUCCUCCACCCUCUCUACCUCUGCCCUCGCGGUGGCUGCAGCUGGAGGUCCGAGGUGCUCUGGUCUGUGGGUCAGCUCCCAGAGUGGGGCGAAUGGACAAACCUCUGGGACAGGACUGCUCAGAGAUGUCAGGUGUGGCUCCUCCCUGGAGUGGUGGUGGCCUCUUGCCUGGAGGGGUCCAGGGAGGUCUGGGGCCAAGUGCCUGCACCAGGGGUGCACAAUAAAGAGGAUCCCUCCUGCUCA